AUGAGUUCAAGCGCAAUAACUACGGCAAUCAAUGAAACUUACGAAGAUUCUCGUGAAGUUUCUUCGGGAGAAUCGCUUGCCGAUAUGGACGUAGUUAUUUGUGCUGGUGGACAGACUUCUCCUCAAACCUGCGGAGAAGAAGUGCUUGGUAGCAUUCUGCCUAUUUGUCGUCAAUGUAGUGCAUUCUUGCCAGUUAACACCUAUAGCGAAAAUAUAGAUCUUUGCGCAACUUGUUACGAUGAAAUGCGUUCUACUAUGGAUGCAAUUCCUGAUGCUCAUCGAGAAACACCCAGGUCAAGAGAAAAUAUAGAUUCUUGUGGUGUUUGCCGCAAUGAAGCGCCUGUUAAUAUGGACAUAAUUCCUUGUGCUCAUCGAAAGGCUUUUUGUGAACCCUGUGUAGAGAAAGUGCUUUUUGGCGAUGACGUUACUUGUCCUUUGUGUCGUGCACCCUGGCCUAUCGUUUGUCCAGUUUGUCGGGUAGAACCGUCUACUUAUAACGACGGAAUUCCUUGUGCACAUCAAGAGAAUUUUUGUGGAACUUGUGUAGAAAAAUUGCAUGCUGGCGAUAACAUUAAAUGUCCUUUGUGUCGUGCACCGUGGGCAGUUAAUACCGAUAUAGAAAAUAUCGAUCUUGAUGAAGUUAUUUUAGAUGAAUUGCGUAUUAAUAUGGACAUAAUUCCUGAUGAUUAUCGAGAGACACCUUGGCCAGUUAAUAUCGAUAUAGAAAAUAUCGAUCAACAUCUUAUGAUUGCUGUUAAUGAAGGAUAUACAAUGGAACAUCAUUCUUCACCUCCAAUAGCAACUGGUGGUUUAAUGCAUAAUGUUUUAACUUGCUGUGCAAUUGGAUUACUCAUUGGUUUUAUAAUAUAUCCAACAAUGAAAGAAAUUUAA